UUUCUCUGCCUCCUCCUCCUCAAUUGCAAUGGGGGCAUUAGAUAUUCCUAUUUAAAUUUUCUUGUUCAUGAAGCCAAAAUCUCUUCCUCAUAAAUAAUUUUUUUCUUAAAUCUCUUUAAACCAGGAAGAACCCUAGUCUAGUCCCUUGGAGAUUCCCAAGGGGGAAAAAUGGCUCAAAAAUGUGCGAUUGGUUUGAUCUCAGCCAUAGCAGCUGCCGCUUCUCUCUCGAAAUCGAAUAUCGCUUCUGCAGAUGGACCUCUCAACUUCUCCACUUCGACUCCUCAGCAGCAGCAGGGCUCUACUCCGCCGUUACCGGGAUCUGCGAAAGAUUCUUCUGCGCCUGGCGAAGAAUCCGAUGCUCCUCCACGGAUUCGGAACGAUAAUCCGAGAACGACGUCAGCUGGAUUCGAUCCGGAGGCGUUGGAGCGAGGUGCAAAGGCCUUGAAGGGGAUUAACAACUCCGCUCACGCCAAAAAGGUAUUUGAAAGUAUUAAGACACAAGAAGAGACGAGGCAAGCUGAGUUUACUGCUAAGGCCCAAGAGUUUAAAGCUUUGCAAUCCCAAGCUGAAGCUGAGAGGCAAAGGGUAAUUUACGAUGAACAGAAGAAACUUGCUCAGCACCAAGCACAAACAAAAGCACAGAUGGCCCGCUAUGAAGAUGAAUUAGCAAGAAAAAGGAUGCAGGCUGAGAAUGAAGCCCAGAGAACACGAAAUCAAGAACUUGUGAAGAUGCAAGAAGAAUCAUCAAUCAGGAGGGAAGUAGCUCGACGAGCUACUGAGGAAGAGAUUCAAGCACAGAGACGACAAACGGAGAGGGAGAAGGCUGAGAUUGAACGCGAGACUAUCAGGGUCAAAGCUAUGGCUGAAGCUGAAGGGAGAGCCCGUGAAUCUAAGCUCUCUGAGGACGUCAAUAGGAGAAUGCUUGUUGAUCGUGCAAAUGCUGAAAGAGAAAAAUGGGUUUCGGCCAUCAACACUACAUUCGAUCACAUUGGAGGUGGGUUGCGUAUGAUUCUAACAGAUCAAAAUAAGCUGGUUGUUGCUGUUGGAGGUAUCACUGCUCUUGCAGCUGGGAUCUACACAACGAGAGAAGGUGCCAAGGUUAUCUGGAGCUACGUGGAUAGAGUCUUAGGGCAACCUUCUCUUAUUAGAGAGUCAUCGAGAGGGAAAUACCCUUGGUCUGGAUCGCUUUCUCGCGUCUUUUCCACGUUGCGGGGUGGUGGUAAGGAGGCUGCAUCCAAAAACGGAAAAGGGUUCGGUGAUGUUAUUUUGCAUCCUUCUCUUCAAAAGAGAAUCGAACACCUUGCUAGUGCAACUGCCAACACAAAAUCCCACCAAGCACCUUUCCGAAAUAUGCUUUUCUACGGUCCACCAGGAACAGGAAAGACAAUGGCUGCCCGAGAGCUAGCUCGCAAAUCUGGUCUAGAUUAUGCGUUGAUGACGGGUGGAGAUGUUGCCCCACUUGGAGCUCAGGCUGUUACGAAGAUACACCAACUGUUUGACUGGUCCAAAAAAUCUAAGAGGGGCUUGUUGCUCUUCAUCGAUGAAGCUGAUGCAUUUCUGUGCGAGCGGAACAAAACAUACAUGAGUGAAGCGCAAAGGAGUGCACUAAACGCACUCCUCUUCCGCACAGGUGAUCAGUCCAAAGACAUAGUCCUAGCGCUUGCCACAAACCGACCCGGUGAUCUAGACUCAGCGGUGGCUGACCGUGUCGACGAGACUCUUGAGUUCCCCUUGCCUGGAGAAGAAGAGCGCUUCAAGCUUCUAAACCUCUACCUAGACAAGUACAUAACCAAGACCAAUCUGAAAAAACCGGGUUUGCUCCAAAGCCUUUUCAAGAAAGACCAGCAGAAGAUCGAGGUAAAAGGCGUCACAGAGGAUCUACUCAAGGAAGCUGCCGCCAAAACGAAAGGGUUUUCAGGUAGAGAGAUAGCGAAGCUGAUGGCAAGCGUUCAAGCGGCUGUGUAUGGAAGCGCGGACUGCUUGCUGGACACAAACCUUUUCAGAGAGGUUAUUGAUUACAAAGUCGCGGAGCAUCUACAGAGAAAGAAACUAGCUGGAACCGAUACAGGUAACAAGAAAUGAAAUCAUAUAAACUUGUCAUCAACAUAGGUAGAUUUGAACCAACAGUUUGUCCUAAAAAACUCCAAACCCUGAGCACUAUUUUCAAAAGGGUUUAUGCAAAGGAGAAAAGCUUUGUUUUUUUAAAUUGUUUCUCCCUGUGAUUCCAAAGGUGAGACUAGAGUUUGAUGACUGCUUUAUAUUCUUUCUUCUUUGCCGUUGCAGUCUUUAGUUUAUCUUUUUAAAUCACUUUUUGGAAAAUGAGGCAAUACUGGUCUCUUUGUAAGAUGAGCUUAUUAUAUCCACUUUUAAUAUAUAUAUAUAUAUUAACAAAAGAAGCUUACUAUA